AUGGAAACAAUGGCAGGGUUAAGUAAUUCCAAUAUAGCGCUAUGUGCGACUUUUACCGCUAUUUCUUUCGCGAUAGGUUAUCAGCUAGGUCUAUUGAAAUCGUCACCAACCAAGACUUCCCACGUUUCUUCAUUGCCAGGGAAGAAAUUGGUCACGGAGAAGGUACAGAAUGAUACUGACGAAGAGGAAAGUGAGAGUGAAAGCGACGAAGAGAGUGAUGAGGACGAAGAUAUUGAAUCAAACUUAUUAAACGACGUACCUGGAGAGGUCAGAAUGGCAUUGGUGAUUCGUCAAGAUCUAGCUAUGACGAAGGGUAAAAUCGCUGCACAAUGUUGCCAUGCAGCAUUGUCAUGUUUCAGACACAUUGCGACAGACCCCACGCGUGUUUCGUACAACCCGAUCAUGACUCAAAGAUGGCUGAACGCAGGACAAGCUAAAAUCACUUUGAAAUGUCCUGACAAGUUCACGAUGGACGAGUUGUAUGCGAAGGCUAUUUCUCUUGGAGUGAACGCUGCAGUUAUUCACGAUGCUGGAAGAACGCAGAUUGCUGCCGGAAGCGCUACCGUAUUGGGCCUAGGGCCGGCUCCAAAGGCCGUAUUAGACCAAAUAACUGGUGAUCUGAAGUUGUAUUGA